AAAAGUCUGAGUGUAGCCAGGCGAUGCGGACAACAUUUCAAUAUUCCUUGAUAUGGAUUGAAAUCUGCUAAUGCUGAAGAUGUCGGUAUGUUUGUGACGCCUGGGAUCGCAGAGACAGUCCUUGAAGAUCUCCGUGUCUACUGACGGGAAGAGCAGUUUGGGACCUGUCUCUGGAGGAACAUUCCUUUUCUGCAUGGGGUGACCUCUGCCACCUCCCGGCCCCGCCGGCCACAUGUAAGCUCUGUCCUUGCCAAUGAUGUUUCGUCUGUCUCUGCGCAGUUGUCUCCCCAUCCCUUCUACCACCACAAUGGGGGCCCAUAUGUUGUGCCAGGGCCCUUAUCCCCAGCCCUGCUCAAAUGGAAUCUCUCAGCUGGAAUUUCCUCCCCAUCUUUCCCCUUGUCUAGACCCACUGGCCCAAGGAUGAGCCAUGUAAUCAUCAAUCUGCCUUGCACAGCCCCUCUGCUGACAGGCAUGAAGGGUGUGCCAUGGGCAGGCCAGACUUGGCUCUUGCCUCCAUGGGGCUGAUCUGAUGGCAGAGUUAGACACCACCCACACAAGGAAACACCGAGACAAAUUGUGGCAAAUGGCAUAAAAGAAAUAAAGGGCAGUAUGUGAAUAUAAGGCAGAGAGCUCUGAUCCAUUCUAAGAGUCAGGAACACUUGCCAGAAAAGUCUUUUGAACUGACAUCUGGCUGGUAUGCAAAGGGGGUAUCAGUGUUCCUAGGGGGCAAGGGUCACACAUCCCUCGGGGAGCAAGGAGGAAGCCAGUGGGCUGGGGCACAGAGACGGAGGAGGCAGGUGAGCAGAGUCCCGACUGCAGUUGGUCUCACGUGUUAGACAAAGACCCUGGUUUUUAUCUUCAGGCCAGUGAGAGCCGGUGGAGAGUUUCAUCUAAUAUAGAAGCAAUGUGCUGAAGAAAUGAUGGCGCUGCAGUGACGGUGAGGAUGGUGGCGGCGGGGGUGACAUUGAGAGGAUGGCGUCUGUGGGGGUGACUGGUGGUGAUCAAGGCGAUGACAAGGAUGUGUUCACCGAGAUGCUGGUGAUGAAGAGUCCAGGGCCAGGAGGCCGAGGCAGGACCAUCUGGGAAACUGACGCAGUGAGGUGGACAGAACAGAUUGCUGGGGGUGAGUCUGGCCUCCUCUCUGCUACUUAUUUGCUGGGUGGUCUUGAGAAAAUACACACAGCUCAGCUGUGCCCCAGCCGCCUCUUCGUCAGCAGGACUCCUGAAGAGAGGAGGCAGAGAAGCUGCCUGGCACCUGGCAGCGGCUGCCGCGGUUCCCUCUGUGGCUCGGCAACUCACAGGCAUGCAGACAUGUGACCAUGAGCCCUGUGGGUGGAGACACCUCCACGGCCGCAGUUCUGCAGCCUGUUCAGGUGAUCCGGCCAGUUGCUGAGAGACACUGUGUUACUGCCAUGGGACCGAGAGCCCCCGUCCAGGUCACCCGUCCAACCUGGCAGUCCUGGCUGCCAGCUGCCUGUGGAGUAGCCGUGCAAGGUGGGGGCUCUGCUGGGAGGCUUCAGGGCUGCCUCUGCCCCUGCCCGCUGCCACACUGGGAAGUCCCUGUGCUACACUGAUGCCACAGUGCAUGCAGACGACACGGCUGUCUGUGGGGCACACUGAGGAAAGAGGCUGCCGGGCACCUGCGUAGCCUGCUGCAGGCCUCCAGUCAUUCCCAAGGCUUGCCCGAGCCCGGCAUCUCUGCACGCAGUGCUAGUAAGGACGCCUGCAGGGGAGUGCUGCACCCUGAGCAAGUACCAAAGCAAUUGCCUGUACCACAGCCUGCCACUCCUGCCAAGGGGCAUGGAGGCUCAGCUGGCACCUUGCCCCCAGGGCACCACAGCCUGGCCAGCCUCCGACCGGCUCAUCAGCCAGCCCCCCUGCCUGCCCCAGGCAGCCAGCAACACCUCCCUGCGUCCUGGAGACCUCAGGCUGCCCAUCUCUGAGCUGCGCUGGCUUUUCCUUCCCUUCGGCUUCCUGGCUGCAGCCACACUGGCUCUGAGCCCCCUGCUGCUGGUGACCAUCCUACGGAGCCAGAGGCUGCGGCGGGAGCCCCACUACCUGCUGCUGGCGAACAUCUUGCUCUCGGAUCUGGCCUACCUGGUCUUCCACUUGAUUAUCUCCUCCAGCAACCUGGGCAGCUGGGCCCUGGGCCGCAUCGCCUGUGGCAUCCUCUCAGAUGCCAUCUUUGUUGCCUACAACAGCACCAUCCUGUCCUUUGUGGCCACUGUGCUGCACACCUACCUGGCAGUGGCCUGUCCUCUGCGCUACCCCUCCUUCAUUUCCUGUGAGGCCUCGCGGAAGGCAGUGGCCCUCAUCUGGCUGGUGGCCUCCUUCUUCCCCACAUUUUUCCUGUGGCUCAGCAAGCGGCAGGAUGCCAGGCUGGAGGAGCAGGAGCCCCCAUGCAUGCUGAGGCUGAGCCUGGCCACGGAGCCUGGCGGCGCCCCCCUGCUCACUGCCACCCACACCUGCAUCUUGUGUGUUCUCUUUGUAUGCACAGCUCUCAUCACCUACUGCUUUUGGAGGAUCUACGCAGAAGCUAGGACUUCAGGUACCUGGGCGCAGGGCUACUCCCGGGCCAGGGGCACCCUGCUUAUCCACACAGUGCUAAUCGCCCUGUAUGUCAGCCCAGUGGUGGUGUUUUCCCUGGACAUUGUGCUGACCAAGUACCACCACAUCAGUGCCAGGACACACAUGUGGCUCAUGGCAGCCAACAGUGAGGUACUCACCAUGCUUCCCCGUGCGAUGCUCCCCUACCUGUACACACUCCGCUACCGGCAGCUUCUGGGGAUGGUCCGGGGCCACUUCUCUUCCAGGAGGCACAUUGACAUCUUUGCUAUUUCUCAGAACAGACUUCACAGUCUGGCAGGAUGAAGUUAAAAAUUUUAUGUUGGAUGCAUCCGCAUCCACCUAUGGCCAUCUCCUCAAACUGUGACACAUCAUCGUGGGACAGGACCUUUAAGAUGACCUCAGUUGAUGGUGUUCAGCCUGUCAACCCCUUUAACAAAGAGAAAGCUCUCUUCUAGUGACACCGAAACUACUCGAAAAUGGAAGUGCGUACAGGUGACUCAGCAGCAUUCCGGUCAAAGUUGGGAUGAGGUCUCGCCUGUGCCCGUCCAGGGGUUUCCCCCACACCCUCCGCAGCCACUGACCAACACCAUGGACAAACAGUGUGGACAAACACACUGAAGCCAAAGCAUUCCUGACAGCUGGAGUAUGUGAAGUCAGCCAAAGAUGUCUGAAUCAGGGAACCAUGAAACUCCACUAGGGCAGCACCUCAGGAUAUGGGAGGGAGGACAGCAAACCUGGGAUCCACCUCUAGUGAGGAGUGUCAUGGAGGCAUCUAUAAAGCUGGCACCCUGCAGAUUAAGGUCUCAGGACAAGGACAAUUAACAGUUAAGAGCAAGGGGACCACCUGCCCUGACUCGGGUUCCUUCAGAAGAGGAAGAAAAUUCCUUGAGAAUUUUUGAGUUGAAGCCACCUGUUGGACAGGGACUAUAACUAGGUUUCAAAUUAUCUCAGUGGCCAAAAUCUUCAGUCUGUGGUGGUGUGGUGGGUGUGACUCUUCUGGAGCAUGUGAGCUGUAAACUCAGAUCUCAAAGAAUUUCGACAGUAAAAGAAUCCCAAAGAAAAGGAGUUGUACUUAGUCAAAACCCACAAAACCACACAGGUGAUUAAGGCGCCGUGACUGAGAGUGAGAGAAACAAGACGGCCACACUGGACUGCAGCUCCUUGAAUUAUCAGACACUUGGGUAAUAGAAAAUGUUCCAUACAUUUUAACACAUGAAAAUAUGGGUAAAAAAACAACACAUUUUUAAAAUAACCAAGCAGAUUGGGAAAAGAAUUACAUAGAACUUCUAGAAAUAAAGAAAUAUAAUCAUCAGUAUUUCAAAACAUGGGUACUGUUCACAAUGGGUUAAAUCAUAUACUUAAAUGGACACAACUGGAGAGAGAUUCUGCAAACUGGAAGAUAGGUUCAAAUACAUUAUUUGAAUUCAAUGUGAACAAUAUAAAAGAGAGAGUAAGAGACACUGAGGCAGAAUAGAAAAGACGAACUUACAUCUAAUUUGGGACUAUAAUAGAGAAAAUGUGGAAGGACUAUUUGAAAUGACAACAGCUGAUAAUUUUUCAGAACUGCUGAAAGACAUCAAACCUCAAGUCCAAAAACUCCAGCCAGUUACAAAUAAGAUAAAUGACAAAUAAUUGACCUGAAACACAUCUUGUGAAACUGUAGGAGAUCAAAUAUAAAAACAAGACAUUUAAAGCAGGCAGAGAUAAAAGAACAGCAUUUAGACUGACAGCUGACUUCUAAAAAAAAAAAAAAGCAGUGAAACCCUACAGGAGCUGAAAUAAUAUUGUCAAUGUAACGUAAGAAAAUAACUAUUGAAAUUCUAUAUGCAGGACAAUAGCCUUUCCAGAGAGCAAAAUAAAGACCAUCAUAAAACCCAAAACCCAAAAACAAUAUUCCUACAAAUGCACAUUAAAGACAUUUUAAUGGAUGUAUUUCUAGAAGAAGAAAAAUUAUUCCAGAUUUAAGAUUUGUGAUGCAUGAAGAAAUGGUGAGAAAUAAACAUGAAAAAAUAUGUGUGUAAAUAUGAACAAUCAUGGUCUGGUUGACUACAUAAGAGCAAUAAAAGUUUCUAAUUUGGGGGCCUAGAAAAAAAAAAGAA